GUCUUUGUUUACGUAAACAAAAAUACGGGCAUAAACACAAUAAAAGGCCAGCGAUGUAUGUUCUGUCAUUCAGCGCUAAACGGUAUUAUUAAUUGGCUCAAUUAAUUUCAAACUUAUUUAAUACAAAACCUUCAGAAUAUUUAAUGCUAUUGAUCGUAGAAUCGCCAUAUUAGCUUUCAGAGAAAUAUUCGGAUUGUCUAAAUCGGACAGGUUCAGAAUUAAUUUGUGUCGUGAAAUAUAUUAGGCGCGUAUGCAGUGAACUUAUCUUAUUUUCAUUUAUUAACGAUAACUUAGUUCUAUUAAGAGUGAUAAAGAAAUACAAAUAAUUCAAAAGCAAUCAGAAAUGACAUCCACCAGAUUCCACCAUCAGAAUUCAGCAACAGACCGAGUUAGAACGCAAUGGUAGACAGAAGACCUCUGAUGGCAGAGUCAAGAUUUAAUCAUGAUUAUGAGGCAGAACCACUGCUCAUUGAAAAUUCUGGUGGUGAUGACGGCCCCAGACAGCCUGAUAAAAUAUCGUACGAAGAUGCAUUGAAGACAAUAGGCUAUGGAAAGUUCCAUGUGCUACUGUUGGCCCUGUGUGGGUGGGCAGUGUCCAGUGAUGCCAUCGAGGUUCUAUCUGUCUCCUUUAUGCUGCCUAGCGCCCAGUGCGAUCUUCACCUUACCUCUGCUGACAAGGGCUUGCUCAACGCUAUCAUCUUUGUUGGUAUGAUGGUGGGAGGUUACUUCUGGGGCUCGUUGGCAGACAAGAUAGGGCGACGGACGGUUCUGAUGGGCUCGCUGACGGUGAAUGGGCUUGGAGGGCUUGUCUCCAGCACAUCUCAAGUUUUCUGGCUCUUUCUAAUUAUGAGAUUCAUCAGUGGUGUUGGAGUUGGUGGUAGCAUUCCUGUGAUAUUUUCCUACUUUACGGAAUUCCUGCCAAAGUUUCGACGAGGGGCUAUGAUCAGUGCACUAGCCACGUUCUGGAUGAUGGGAAAUAUCAUAGCCGCAGGUCUGGCAUGGCUGGUCAUUCCCCACUCGACGCUUGGGUAUUUCUCUCCUGAUUUCAAGUACAAUAGCUGGCGUAUAUUCAUUGCAAUCUGUACAUUCCCGAGUCUAUCAUCAGCAUUCUUUUUCAUGUUCAUGCCAGAGAGUCCCAAAUUUUACCUUACACACCAUAAAGAGGCUCUAGCUGUAGACAGUCUGAUGACAGUGCAUAAAAUUAACCAUGGGAACAAACCAUUCCAGGUUCCGGGACUUAUCCUGACCACAGAGAAAGAAGAGGUGGUGGCUGAAGAUGUGAACACUUCGUCUUGUGUCGCCAAUAUGCAAAAUCUGUUUCAUCAAACUAAAGAACUGUUUGGAAAGUCUUUACGAAGGACAACUAUCAUCAUGAUUAUCAUCAACUUUACUCUCAGUUUCGGGUACUAUGGCCUGUGGAUGUGGUUCCCGGAGAUAUUUGCUCGUGUUGAGAAGUACGGUGGAUCACCAUGUGACCACACGGUUGUCAACACCACAGGGACAAAUGAAACUGAAGUGUGUAACCCCAUCCCGAACGACUGGGUGUUUUUUGAAGGCUUCAUGACAGCACUCUCUAAUCUCCCUGGCAACCUUUUCACAAUAUUCCUUAUGGAUAAACUUGGCAGGAAACCUCUAUUAGCUACAAGUAUGGUGCUGUCCGGAGUCACAGUUUUCCUACUGCCGGUCGUAAAGACCAAGAUCGGGAACCUGCUUAUAUCAUGUGCAUUUGGAGCCAUCUCCACCGUCGGCUGGAACUCCCUGGAUGUACUCCAGGCUGAGCUGUUUCCCACAGCUGUCAGGUCAACAGCUUUUGGACUCCAAUCAGGCGUGGGAAGAAUCGCAGCCAUCACGGGGAACAUGGUGUUUGGGGCACUAGUGGACAUUCAUUGCGCAAUACCCAUGAUAAUGGUGGCUGUCCUGCUCACUAUCGGGGGUCUCAGUGCAAUAAAACUGCCGAACACAACGGGAAAAGAUAUUCACUAACACUGUGCUAUUUCUGUGAUAUUGUGGUGGACCUAUCAUUUGUUUUAUGCCCUGCGAAUUCGGAAAUACUAUUUUUUUAUAAAUGUUAUACAGAUAAAUAUAUUGCACUAAACAAUUGGAAAGGAUGUUUAAUAUAUUUCUAACGCUGUGAUGAAUAUAGUGAAAAUGUAUGAAAUAAUUGUAUAUGCUUGCUCUUUUUAAUGCAUUACAUGCAGUUUUAUCAGAAAGAUAUAUCACACAGAAUAACUAGUGUGAAAUAAGCACAUGCUUGUUAAACUCCGGCCCUGCUAAAUUGUUUGCACAACAUAUUCAAAAUAUUUGUUUUAUAAAACCAUACUGUCACUGGUUACAUUUUUAAAAUGAAGCAGUAAUAUAAGGAUGUAGGCUUUAUUGUUUAAAAUUGUGAUGUUGAUGUCAGACACACACACAUAAGAAAGACAAUCAUAUUCAUUAUCUUUGUUUUUAAACAUGUGUGAUAGUAAAAGAAUAUGCUUGGAAUUGAUUUGUAUUAAUCAGAGAAACACAAUUGUACACAUAUGUAUACUAUUUACAUUAUUUAGUGGUUCUUAAGUUCACGAUUAAUCCUAAUAUUAGAAUUGGUUGCUUUUAACUUCAGACUUAAUUGUACAGUUUUAAAGAUUGCUUUUUGCUCAGACAUUUGAAUUAAAAACAGUUGAAAGAGCCUUGAAAUGAAGCAAAAUGGCUUUAGAAACAAUGGCCAGAUUGUUCAGAAGUGAUAAGCGACAUUGUUAACUUUUAAAGCUGAUCUUUUUUAUGAUGUGCACAUAUGGUAUAUAUUAAAAAAGACAAGUUCUGCAGAAUCUGUUGUUUCAUAUUAGUAAGCAAAACUGCAGUUCAUAAGUGUACCCGUGAAACUUCCAGAGCAAUACCGAUUUAAAAGUUAACAACGAUAUGACGUUAACAACGUUGUUAACUUCUGAACAAUUGACCCAAUGUUGUCUAAAUUGGGCAUCUUAGCCCCUUAACUCUACUUUGAACAUGAUUCCCUCAUGAUACACACACAGGCCCCUACGUAUUUUUCAGGAUUUAGGAUUGUAUUUGUAUAAGUACAUGUAUUUCAUACUAUUUGUGGCUCUUUAUUGUUAACUUUGAUGUUACACGAUAUUAUUUGUACUUUAAUUGUUAAUAUGUUUACGAAAAUGACAUAUGUAAGAUUUUUUAUGUUGUCAAAUGAAUUAUGGACUUUAUUUUAUACUUGCAUAUUGAUUAUUUUUUAUGGAUCGCUGGGCUGGUAUUCAUAUAAUAUCUGAAAUCAUUUCUUAACUGGACUUAAUUUCCUAAGAUUUUCAUAGUUAAAUUAAAAGAAAAGUAGGAGUUAUUUUAGAAUGUAUAUUCAAUAUCGUCAAUUGAAAUAAAGUAUUUCAGAUAUUAUAAAGUUAUUAAAUCAAAUGACCAGUAAAAUACUUAACUUAGGAAAAUUACUAAAGGUCAGAGGUUUCAUGAAUACUGGCCAUGAACUUAAAGAUGCUAGACACCAGAUGAUCUUUAAAUAUCGGCGAAUACAGUAUUUCCUCAAAACAAGCCUAGAAUUGUCAAUUCCAGCUAGUAGGAGGCUGAUAAACCAAUUCACAUGGUUAAAAUAAUAAACACAACGAUCAUUUUGCUGUCUCAUCUGUGUUUCUCUGUUUAAAAUAGUGCAUAAUGGUUAAAUAGUGCAUAAUGGUUUCCCAGUUUAUAUCAUAUCUGUGUAUAAGUGCAGAUAAACUAACCAAGGCUAUUUAUAAACUUACUCAGAUUAACAUGAUAGACAACCGUAGUAAAUUUCGAAUUGGAAAAAUGCGCAAAAAAUGUGGAAGAUAUGUCGUAAGCAAUGUGAUACAUCAGUAAGUAAGAUUCGAUUUGUUGUACAAAACAAUGUCAAAUGUAUGUAUGGUUUUUACAAUUGUUUACUAACAAUUGUUUCAUCCUUUUUACACCCUUUUUGAGGCCGAAACGUAGAAGCAUCAAUGUUUUAAUAAAAAACCACUGUUUCACUGAGAAAUAAUUGAACUACUGAAACUACUUUCACCCCUUCGUUUAUGAAAACUAUAUCAGUGUCAUGGUAGAUUGGUUUUUUGGAUUGUAAUUGUUGUUAUGUAAACAUAGAAAAAUGGAUAGUAUGUGUUCACGAUGAUCUUAUAUGUAAUUGUGAUAAUUAUGAUAUUUCUUGUUAAUUUUGGUAUAUUCUUUUAGUUUUGUUAUGAAAGCAGCUGGGUUGCUUUAAAAUCUACAUUAUAAUAUCCUAUAUUAAUAAAAUAUUUUCCUAAAAAAGUUUUUGAUAGUAAAUAUUAAUUGUAUGGGGUAAUUAAUGGAUGUAUAUUAUAACUAUGUAUCUAUCCUUUAGACAGAUGUUCUUGGUGUAUUCUCAUGCAUUUUAAAUGCACACAAAACCUUUAUUAUUUGCACAGGUUCAUUCAAAGACCAGUACAGUGCUGAAAUCAAAAUUCAAUAUAAGAAUAAAAAAUGGGAA